UCCGGCUUCCUGCUUCCCAGAGGCCGGGAUCCGGAGCCGCCCGAGGCCGGUGCCGCAGCCCCCGGCGCCCCCGAGAUGUCCUUCCGCAAAGUGGUGCGCCAGAGCAAAUUCCGGCAUGUGUUCGGGCAGCCGGUCAAGAAUGACCAGUGCUAUGAAGACAUUCGAGUGUCCCGUGUUACCUGGGACAGCACCUUCUGUGCAGUCAACCCCAAGUUCCUGGCAGUGAUUGUGGAGGCCGGUGGCGGAGGUGCCUUCCUGGUGCUCCCCCUAAGCAAGACAGGCCGCAUUGACAAGGCCUACCCAACGGUGUGUGGGCACACAGGACCUGUCCUGGACAUUGACUGGUGUCCUCACAACGACGAAGUCAUCGCCAGCGGCUCAGAGGACUGCACAGUCAUGGUAUGGCAGAUCCCGGAGAACGGGCUGGCCUCCCCACUGACAGAGCCAGUGGUGGUGCUGGAGGGACACACCAAGCGAGUGGGCAUUGUCACCUGGCACCCGACGGCCCGCAAUGUGCUGCUGAGUGCAGGCUGCGACAAUGUGGUACUCAUCUGGAAUGUGGGCACAGCGGAGGAGCUGUACCGCCUGGAUACCCUGCACCCUGACCUCAUCUACAAUGUCAGCUGGAACCGCAACGGCAGCCUCUUCUGCUCGGCGUGCAAGGACAAGAGCGUGCGCAUCAUCGACCCCCGCAGGGGCACCCUGGUGGCAGAGCGAGAGAAGGCUCACGAGGGGGCCCGGCCCAUGCGGGCCAUCUUCCUGGCAGAUGGCAAGGUGUUCACCACAGGCUUCAGCCGUAUGAGUGAGCGGCAGCUGGCACUCUGGGACCCAGAAAACCUUGAGGAGCCCAUGGCCCUGCAGGAGCUGGACUCGAGCAAUGGGGCCCUGCUGCCCUUCUACGACCCCGACACAAGCGUGGUCUACGUCUGCGGCAAGGGCGACUCCAGCAUCCGGUACUUUGAGAUCACGGACGAGCCCCCCUACGUCCACUUCCUGAACACGUUCACCAGCAAGGAGCCGCAGCGGGGCAUGGGCAGCAUGCCCAAGAGGGGCCUGGAGGUCAGCAAGUGCGAGAUCGCCCGGUUCUACAAACUGCAUGAGCGCAAGUGUGAGCCUAUUGUCAUGACUGUGCCAAGAAAGUCGGACCUCUUCCAGGACGACCUGUACCCUGACACAGCCGGGCCCGAGGCAGCCUUGGAGGCAGAGGAGUGGGUGAGCGGGCGGGACGCCGCCCCCAUCCUCAUCUCGCUCCGGGAGGCCUAUGUGCCCAGCAAGCAGCGCGACCUGAAGGUCAGCCGGCGCAACGUGCUAUCCGACAGCCGGCCCUCCGGGGGCCCCACGUCACCUGCCACCACUGCCGACACUGCCCCCAGCAGCAGCCUUGCUGGAGCCGGGGAGGCUGGGAAGCUGGAGGAGGUGGUGCAGGAGCUGCGGGCGCUGAGGGCACUGGUCAAGGCGCAGGGGGAGCGCAUCGGCCGCCUGGAGGAGCAGCUCGGCCGCCUGGAGAACGGCGACGCAUAGGCCACUGCCCGUGGAGACCACCUCCACCUCUUCCUCUUCCCUCUCACUCAGCUUCUGCAGCACGUCACGCUGGGCGGGUUGCCCGAGGCCUCUGAGGCAGCUCAGGGGCCAGGUCACACUUGACCUCCCCAGGCCCAGGCUGGAGCCACACCUGGCUCUCAUUACUGUGGAGGAUUUUUGUACCAAGGCAAGCUCGCUUGUCUUCUGAGGGACCAUCUCCCCCCCCCCGCCCACCCUCUGCUCCCUCCCCAGAGGAGGUGGGGAGGGAUGGGCGCUAUAUUUUCAUUCCAAAUAAAAUUCUCUUUCUAAAAGCCA